AUAUGCUUCUCUAUGUAAUGCGCUGUGCAACGAUAUAACGAUACAACGAUACACAGAUAUAAAAUCUCCUUUUCCCCCCUCCAUACGUUGCCGUGCCAACGAACCCCCACAAUGCACGACAUCACAUAGAUAUGUAAUUCAUAUGCAAACCGAUAACUAUUAGUUAAUAACUAAAGCAUUUAUACAUAAUCCAGUCCAAUCCAAUAACCUGGAUACAGCACCCAUACCAUACCCCAUCCUACUUUACCUAGUAGCCAAUGCAUAAACCCACCUAUCCACUCAUUGCUAUGUGAUGUCCAACGAACCAUGGAAAUGCGAACAUCGUCAGCGUCGUCAGCAUCAUCAUCAGCACUACCACUAACUAGUGCCACCAAUCACAACGCCACUAACACAGCCAACACCACCCAAUACACCACCAGCAACAACAACAACAACAGCAAUUAUAAUAGCAGCACGCCCCGGACGAAAAGGAAACCCGAGUCCCGCUCCGAGCGCACCGUGCGCACCGUCACCUUCAUCCGCAAGCUCUUCCAGCGCCUGAGCACGGCGCAGAACGCGCACCUGCACCAUGAGCGGGACCUGCCCGGGCUGAACGUCGUGGUGUUGCGCGGGGGGCUGGACUUUGCCGCCACGACGACGGCAGCGAGCACAACUCACAACGAUGACGAUGGCGGGGGUGGUGCGCAAAGCAGCAGCAGCAGCAGCAGCUUCUUCGCCCCCACGUCCUGGCCAUGGGUCUACGACGUGCUGCGGCGGAACCCCCCCGGCGUAGCCCUAUCCUCCUCGUCGCUCUCGGACGGGGCCAACAAAGAAGAAGAAGAUGAUUAUGAUGGCUGGUCCGUCGCGCACGCGAUGUGGGCGGACCUGGCGUCGUGGCUGGGAAUGGUGGAGGACCGGGCGAUGCCGGGGCUGUUGGACGAGACGGGGUGGUUGUCUAUGGACACCUCCCCCUUCACGAUGCUCCGCCGGCACGUCGACGACGUGCACUGGACGCUGGAGGCGCUGUUCGAGCACGCCGACGGCUCGCGCCCCCACGUCAUCUGCGUCCUCUCCGACAGCCAGCCCCUCCGCGAGGACUGCGUCUCCCUCAGCGAGCUGCUGCUCAUCCUGUCCAUGGUGUUCGUGAGGAUCACCAGUCCCGAGUACGAGCAGCAUCGCUUGGUACCCGUAACCAUCCUCUCCUGCUCCGGCCUCCCAGUCCGCCUCGUCCAGGGCUUCAUCGACCCCGCCGCCGAGAAAGUCGUCAUCCGGAAGACGCCCAUCAUGACGCGGACGGUCCGGGAGCGCGACUGCUGGGACCUGCACGUCGGUCUGCUCCGCUGGCUCACGGCCACCCCGGUGGGCGAGACGCUGUACGAGGAGGAUUAAAGAUUGAUAGGUAACGACUGGUUUCUUUUUUGCGGUUGGGGUUAGGGUUGGGGGGUUUAUAGAUUACCCUUAGGUACCUACUAGAUAGUUAGGUUAGUGUCCUUUCGACUCACUUGUCGUAAACUCUGGAUCGGACUGGUAGUAAGUAGCAUGAUAUCGUUUAGGAUAUGUUCAUGGUCGGUCUGUUGUGUGUUGUCGUGGAUAGGGAAACCGGUAUCUGUCCUUUACCUACCUAUCAAUUCACUAAUUAGUAAGGGGGGCUGAGAUAUGAUGGAUUUCAUGAAUAAGGCGCAAUCCAUGGUU